AUGUUUGUACUUAUUGAAUGGAUUCGUCACCAACAUGAUGAAAUAGAUCGUGCACCAUCUACUGAUUCACUCACAAUGGAAUAUUUGAAUUCGAUGCAAUUUAUUGAAGCUUGCAUUCAUGAAGUUCUCCGACGUAGUACGAAUUCUCGAUUGGGCUUACGAUAUGCCGAUCGAGAGUUUUCAUUAUCAGAUGGAAAGUGUAUCCCAUCGGGAAAUAUUGUUGCAGCUGCUAUAACUCAUGCUAAGGAUUUAUAUCUAAAUCCGGAAAAAAAUCGAUCCUGCAAGACAUUUAUCACCGAGAGAAGAGAGCAAUGGUAA